UUUCUAAAAUUUGGAAGAUAACACAUGUCAACACCUACACACCACCAAACAAAGUUAAACGCCGGAGGAGCCACCCUUGUUUCCUAUCCCGGCCGCUGGUAGAACCAGCCAUGGAAAAUGAGAAAGUUGAUCGCGACGGAGAUUACAACGGCGAAAACGAUGAGCAUGAAGACCAGAAGGUGGAGGAGUUUUUCGCUUUGAUCAGAAGCUUUAAGGAAGCCCGUAACCGAAGAAAAGAUGAGUCAUUCGAAGACAAUGAGAGAAAGAAGAAGCUUAGAAGGUUAAAUGAAGCGCAUCCUAGUUGGGUACCUUCUUUUGAAUUGGAAGAUUUCAAGUUCAACGACGAGAUUCAAUUUCGAAGGCUUCCUCUGAUCUGUCCUCGUCCUCGUAACCAGAAAGAAGACAAGAAACAGCAAGACGAAGAUGAUGGUUUAGAUCUUAAUCUCAGCCUGUAGUGUAGAAUUAAUGUUUAACGAUGCUGAAUGGGAUUGCAGUUGGCAAUAACAUUCUUUUAUUUCAAGUGAAAUGCUUUGACGUUCUUGUCCUGUAAUGAAGAAUGAAUUCAUUGUAAA